AUGGUUGGUGCGCGGGGGGCGUACGACCCAGAUCAAGACCCUGAGGAGAAGCGAGCCGUCCGGCGGAAUUACCGGGACCUACACAAGGAUACGGAGGGUGACUAUGAAGGCGCAAACCAUAAUGACCUCACCGCCGAGGAGCUAGCAGAGAAAGUCCACCGUGCAGAUACCCUCUUCAGCCAAGUCCGCGCCCCGCAAGAAGCCACGCUCGACUCGCACUUCCUCGUGUUGGCCUCGAAUAUGGGCGCGCAGAAGGCGCGCGCGAUGCGGGCCGGCGGGGGCGCGUUCGACGCGGAGGACUUCGUCUCGAAGCUCAUCACAUUUAUGGGUGGGCGGCGGCUCGGCGAGGACCAGCUACCCGGCGAGGACGACGAGGACGGCUACGGCGACGCGCCGCUCGACUGGGACAAGAUCGGGCGCAAGGCGCUCGCGAAGAGCCGCAGGGUGCCCGCGAUGGACUUUAUGCUAGGCCCGCUGGCUAUCGAGGUGAAGAAGCGCAAUGUCGCCAAACGCGCGAAGCUCGAGAAGAACAAAGACGAGGAGCGCCGCCCUCAAGAAAUACACGAAGAGGACAUCACGCGCUCCGAAAACGAAACCACGAAAAACGUCCUCAUCCUCGAAAAGCUGCUAUCAGCGCAAGACGAACCGAUCAACCUCUUCCGCUUCGUCAUCAACCCGGGGGACUACGGCCAGUCCGUCGAGAACCUCUUCUACCUCUCCUUCCUCAUUCGCGACGGCAAGUGCGCGCUGGAUACCGAGUCCGGGGAACCCACCAUCUGGCUCUGCGAAACGCCAACAGAAGACGACUACAGCCAAGGCCUGAAAAAGCGGCAGAUCGUCUUCGAGUUCGAUAUGGCUACAUGGCGGCGUGCGAUCGAAGUGUUCAACAUAACGGAGACCAUCAUCCCAACGCGGCCACCAGCCGAGACGAGGAUAGGCAAGAACUGGUACGGCUAG